UAUGAUAUGGUCCAUUUUGGCCAUGCCAACUCAUUGAGACAAGCCAAAGCUCUUGGUGAUAAAGUCAUUGUUGGCAUACAUACAGAUGAGGAAAUAACCAAGCACAAAGGUCCUCCCGUCUUCACCGAAGAGGAACGUGUCAAAAUGGUCAAAGGCAUUAAAUGGGUGGAUGAGGUGGUAUUGGGUGCUCCAUAUGUUACCACAUUGGAAGUUCUAGAUGAACACAACUGUGAUUUCUGUGUACAUGGAGAUGAUAUUACAAUGACCGCGGAGGGAGUUGACACAUACCAUCUGGUGAAAAAAGCCAAUAGAUAUAAGGAAGUAAAACGCACAGCUGGUGUAUCCACAACAGAUUUAGUCGGCCGCAUGCUGCUAUUAACCAAAAAUCAUUUCCAUCAGGGUUCAGCCGAAUAUGCCAUAGAAAAAGAAGUUUUAGUUGAUCAUAUCGUAAAUAAAACCAUACCAAAAUCAAAAUUAUUAUCAUCAGGUUCUUCGAAUAUGGGUCAAGAUUCAGCGGCCAAAUCUCCCUGGACCGGUUGUAGCCAAUUCCUGCCCACCACCCAAAAAAUUAUACAAUUCAGCGAUGGCAAGUCCCCCAAACCUGGUGAUAAAAUUGUCUAUGUUGCUGGUGCCUAUGAUUUAUUCCAUGUUGGCCAUUUAGACUUUUUAGAAAAAGCCCACGAAUUAGGAGAUUAUCUCAUUGUUGGUCUACAUACAGAUCCUGUGGUUAAUUCAUAUAAGGGUAGCAAUUAUCCCAUAAUGAAUCUGCAUGAACGUGUUCUCAGCGUUUUAGCAUGCAAGUAUGUCAAUGAAGUUGUUAUUGGUGCCCCCUACUGUGUUACCGAAGAUCUUCUCGAUCAUUUCAAAGUUGAUGUGGUAUGUCAUGGCCAGACUCCCAUUGCUCUGGAAGAUGGUAAAAUCGAUCCCUAUGCUAUACCAAAGACACGAGGCAUUUUCAGCCUAAUCGACUCGCAAAACACAAUGACCACAGAGCGUAUUGUGGAACGCAUCAUAUCGCAUCGUUUGGAAUACGAGAGACGCAACAAGGCCAAAGAGAAGAAGGAGGUAGAGGCCUUCGAGGCGCUGCAAAGGGCCAAACAAACGCAAAAGGCUGGCUAAUAAUUAAUGAAAUUGGAGUAGAAUGCAGAAAAUCCAAACACACACAUACACCUCUACAUCUACAACUACAACAAACACCCACACAAUACAAAUCUCUGAAACUACAAUAUAAUUACUACUUUAUAUAGAAAAGAUAAAAAACAACAAAGUACUAAAUUUCACCUUUUCCAAAUGCCUAAUUAAAGGAAUUAAUAAGGAAAACAAAGGCCACAAGGGCCUGCAAUAUUUGCUAAAAGGAGAAAUUUAAUGAUUUUUUUUUAAUUUUUAUUAAAAAAUUUAUUAAUUAUUAUGUUUGUAUAACUAUUUUUUUAAGCUUUUAUUGUGCUUAUUUAAUUUAUGUUUUUUUAUAAUUGUUAUAUUUUUUUCUAACAAAUUCUUUUUCCCAACUUCCAAAAACUCAUUUUUUGUUAAAAUUUUUUUUUAUACAAAAUUCCUAAAAAUAUUAAUUUUUGAUAUACAUAUUUAAAUAUUUUUUUAGAAUGAAUUGAAUGUAUAUUAUUUUAUGGGAAAAUUUCUACAAUUUGUUCAAUGUUUAUUUUUUGCUUUUUUGUUUGUAAAAUUUUUACACUUUCUUUGGCAAAGAGUUGUCUAGGAAUGGAAAAUUUGAAAUGUGUGGACACAUUUUGGUGUCUUUAUAUACAAUAUAUAGAACAUACAAUAUACAAAUAUAUAUUUUAGUUAGAAAUUUAUAUAUAAAUUAUUACACACCACAGAAAAACUGUAUGAGAGAGCAAUGAUAUUGGCCCAAUAAUAGU